AUGGGGGGCGGCGGCAAUUCAUCCCGUUCGUUGCUGUGGGAGCCGCCAGCGAAGGAACGUGUUGCUGUUUUUGCUUCACUAUCACAAUCACACAACGCGGAGGACACAUUCCAUUCCUCCCAUUACCGCCAACUAGCACUGCCGGCCGCGUUGGAGCCAGGCGGCUCGCCGCUUAAAUGCGCUACUCGUCGCUUGCGCUUUUUUCCCCACCACCACCACCACCCUUCCCUUGCCUCAACACCACUCUCCGAAAUGUCGAAUGUUCUUGGUGUCAUCGUCAUUGCCCGCAACGGAGACCGGCGUGAGUAUUACCAGGACCCGAAGACCUAUGCGCCUGCGCUGACCGACUCGACCGCGCUCGGUGUCAGCGACUUGCACCAUCUCGGCACCGAACUCCGCUCGCUCUACCUCACGCCCACGUCGUCGUCGUUCAUCGAGGACAUCUCCACGGACGUUGUUGACACGCAGCAGGUCAAGGUCCGCGUCAAGGCGGGCGGGGAGGGCGCCGUCGUGUUUGACAGCGCCAUCGCCCUGCUGCAGGGCCUCUUCCCGCCCAACCCGCGGAACAAGAUCACGCUUGCGAACGGAACGGUGGUGAUGGCGCCCCUGGGCGGAUAUCAAUACGUGCCCAUGGAGACCGUCGAGCCUGGCAAUGACCGCUCGAUGGAGAGCUGGACCGACUGUCCCGCGUUCCAAAAGCACGUUGCCGAGUUCCACUCCUCGGACGCGUUCAAGGCCAAGGCCAAGGAGGCUGCGCCGUUCUUCAAGGAUAUCACGGACUUUGUCUUUGGUCGCACGACUAAAUUGGAGAAUAUCUGGAAUAUCCAUGACUUCAUGAGCACCCAGUUGACCUACAACCAGACCUACGCUUUCCGUCUUCCGCCGACUUACAUUGACCAAGCGCGUGCCCUUGCGAAUUACCACGAGAACGGGGUGUUUUCGGACGAGCAGCCCAAUGGUAUUGGGAACAUCGCCGGCCGCACGAUGCUGCACACGGUCCUCAACUCGCUCGAGCGCAUCGCGUUCAACGACGACCCGCUGCAGCUGAUGGUCGUGCAGACGACCUACCAGCCGUUCAUCUCGCUCUUCCACCAGACGGAGCUCGUCAAGGAGCACCCCGAGCUGGCCAGCAUCCCCAACUUCGGGUCGGCCCUGGCGAUCGAGCUCCGCCGCGGGCUGCCGCCGGACACGCGCGACUUCCUGCGGUUCAAGUUCCGCAACGGGACCGCGGACCCGGAGGGCUGGCGGACGGUGCAUGUCUACGGGCACAAGGCGGACAUCCCCCUCACCGAGUUCAUCUACCGCUCGGAGGGCUCCGCGAUCACGAGCAACAGGCAGUGGGCACAGGUGUGCGGCGUCAGCGCGAGCGGCGUCGGGGCCCCUGCCCCAUUUGGUUCUUUCUCGGUCGUGCUGGGUCUCUUGAUGCUCCUCGUGGCGUUCUUGGGCUUCAACGCGGCCCAACGGCGCGCGAAGAAGGCUCGGGACAUGCAGUUGCCGGUUACGAACGUUGAGGUUGUCGAGGAGGUACAGAAGACACGUCUUAUCUCUAAGCAGUGA